AUGAGCUGUCUGGAUGUUAUGUACCAAGUGUACGGUCCUUCCCAGCCCUACUUCGCAGCAGCCUACAGCCCCUACCACCAGAAACUCGCCUUUUACUCCAAAAUGCAGGAAGCCCCGGAGAGCGGCAGCAGCGCCAGCGCCGGCAGCUCCUUCUCUAGCCAUGCCGCGGCCAGCAUCAAGGAGGAGGACUGCAGCCCCGAGAAGGAGCGACCCCCCGAGGCCGAGUACAUCAGCUCCCGCUGCGUCCUCUUCACCUACUUCCAGGGGGACAUCAGCGCCGUGGUGGAUGAGCACUUCAGCCGGGCGCUCAGCCAGCCCAGCAGCUUCUCCCUGGGCAGCGCGAAGGCGGCGCGGAACGCGGGCUCCUGGCGGGAUGGAUCCUUCCCAAUGAGCCAGCGCAUCUUCCCGCCGUCCUUCUGGAACAGCACGUACCAGCCCUCCUCGGUGCCGGCCAGCCUGAGCAGCCCCCUGGCAGCUGCGGCCCACAGCGAGCUGCCCUUUGCCGCCGCCACCGACCCCUACGCGCCCGCCUCCCUGCACGGCCACCUGCACCAGGGCGGCCCCGAGCCCUGGCACCAUGCCCACCAUCACCACCACCACCACCACCACCACCACCCCUACAUCGGCACACAGAGCAGCGCCUACCCCCGCCCCACCGCCAUGCACGAGGUCUACGGGCCCCACUUCGACCCCCGCUACGGUUCGCUCCUGGUGCCCACAGCCUCCGUCAGGCCCCACCGCCUCACGCCCGCCUCCGUGCCCGCACCCGUCAGCCCCCCCUGCGAACUGGGCAAGAGUGAAGCGGGCGCUGCUGCGGCCUGGACGACGCCGGGCCCCUUCCCCAAUGCAACAGGAGACAUGGCACAGAGCAUCGGCCUCAAUGUGGACACAGCUCGCCGUUACUCCUUCUGUGGUGGAUCCCUUCUGAGCUGA